CAUUAUUCGUGCAAAAGAUCUGAUAAGACAGUGCCUAUGCAGCCCCCUUUUAGGUUCUGUUUGCACUUGCCUUAAGAGACAUGGAUUCACUUGGGAUUUUACUAGUGAUUGCUGGGCUAGUGAUUUGUGUGCCAGCAGCAGGAGCAGCAGCUGAGGAAGAGCUGGGCCAUGCGGGGACCAAUAAUAAGGCCAGCAUUUCCAACUGGUGUCAGUUGAACACGUUUUCCUGGGUAUGGCAAGAAAGCUUCAACAUGACAAGGAGAAUUGCGGACGCCUUUUCUGAAGGAAUGCACGGAACAAUUGCUCUGAGCUCAGUAGUGAACACUGCUUUGGAAGACAUGAACCUGGAAGGACUAGACAUGAUUUCCACGAGCCUGAUUGACUGGAUUGAAACCUGGAUAAAGGAAGACAUCAUCCAGAACCUCAUCACUCAGCUGGUGGAAGUGGAGGCGGAAAUUGCUGUUUCAAUCGUGACCGGAACUGCAGUUUGCGAUGGUCUCCUGCAGCAAGUGCAAAGCAUCCUGACCCAGUUGAUUAACCACGGGGUUUGCUGCAUUCUCUGCGACGCUGCUUUCUGGAACCAGGUUACUGAACUAGCUUGUGGAAUUCUGCAAGGCCUAGGAGUAAUUGUUGACACAGCAGGAGACAAACUGGCCAGAGUCACAGUGGAAAGCCUCACAGAAACCCUCACCAAUGUCAUCUUGGGCUUCAAAAAUAUCAUCCUGGCAGCAGUAGAACUACUAGCACACAAGAGAGUGGAUCAUUCAAUUGUGGUGGAAAGAGCAUUGGCAGUCUGGACUAAAUCCGUUUUGAAUGCUGGUUUCUCGCAGCCCUGCUUGAACCUUGUCGACGAACUAAUCAGUCAUCUGUCCUAUAUCCACUCCUCCACGGAUUCCCUGGUCGACUGGGUCCUUCAGAGCACCUGCGCAGUGGAAAACACCAGAAACGUCAUUGUCUUCGUCAUGACUGACACCAUCAAUAACCUCUAUGACACCUUCAUUCGCAUGACAUGGACGACGAUGAUGCAAAUGCAAUCAGCAGCAGCGAAAUUUGCCAAGGCACGGGCGACUUGCGACGACUUUGACGACCUGAUCCCGUCCUGCGCUUCGACUGCGUAUUUGCCGAACGCACUGUUUUACCCGUCGAUACGCGAAGAAAACUUAGUGGACGUUUUAUUGGCUGGAUUGUACAAAACCGAUGCAUGA